GGGGCGCGCGGGGGGGCGGGGUGGGUGCCGCCGCCGCCGCCGAGCUGCUCCUCGGCGCGUUUUGCAUGAAGAUGGCGGCUCCCACCGCCAGCAAGGCAGCCUCCCUGGGCUGCAACAACAAGCCGGCGUUCCCGGAGCUGGAUUUCAGGUCGGGAGCUCGGGUGGAGGAAUUGAACAAACUCAUCCAAGAAUUCGCCAAGCACGACCAGCGGGAAUACGACGACCAGAGAGCGCUGGAGAUCCACACGGCCAAGGAUUUCAUCUUUUCCAUGCUGGGAAUGGUGCAAAAGCUGGACCAAAAACUUCCAGUGGCCAAUGAGUACCUGUUGCUCUCUGGCGGAGUCCGGGAAGGCGUGGUGGACCUGGACUUGGAUGAGCUUAAUGUCUAUGCCCGGGGCACAGACUAUGAUAUGGACUUCACUCUUCUGGUGCCAGCCCUUAAGCUGCACGACCGUAAUCAGCCCGUGACCCUCGAUAUGCGCCACUCAGCCUUGUGCCACUCUUGGCUGAGCCUGCGGCUCUUCGAUGAGGGGACAAUCAGUAAGUGGAAAGACUGCUGCACCAUCGUGGAUCACAUCAAUGGUGCCACCAACUACUUCUUCUCCCCAACCAAAGUGGCCGACUGGUUCUAUGACUCCAUCAGCAUUGUCCUGUCAGAGAUCCAGAAGAAACCCCAGCGAGGGAUGCCAAAGGUGGAAAAGGUGGAAAAGAAUGGGACCAUCAUCUCCAUCAUCCUGGGUGUGGGGAGCAGUCGCAUGUUGUAUGAUAUUGUGCCCGUGGUAUCUUUCAAAGGCUGGCCUGCGGUGGCCCAGAGCUGGCUCAUGGAGAACCACUUUUGGGAUGGGAAGAUCACCGAGGAAGAGGUCAUCAGUGGGUUUUACUUGGUGCCUGCUUGCUCCUACAAGGGUAAGAAGGACAAUGAAUGGCGGCUGUCCUUUGCCAGGAGCGAGGUGCAGCUGAAGAAGUGCAUCUCUAGUAGCCUCAUGCAGGCUUAUCAGGCCUGCAAAGCCAUUAUCAUUAAACUCCUGUCCCGGCCCAAGGCUAUCAGCCCCUAUCACCUGCGGAGCAUGAUGCUCUGGGCCUGCGACAGACUUCCUGCCAACUACUUGGCCCAAGAAGACUAUGCAGCCCACUUUCUGCUGGGCCUCAUUGAUGACCUACAGCACUGUCUGGUCAACAAGAUGUGCCCCAACUAUUUCAUCCCUCAGUGCAACAUGCUGGAGCAUCUGUCAGAGGAGACGGUCAUGCUUCAUGCGCGGAAGCUCUCCUCCGUGCGCUCGGACCCCGCCGAGCACUUGCGCACCGCCAUCGAGCACGUCAAGGCGGCCAACCGGCUGACGCUGGAGCUCCAGAGGCGAGGGAGCACCACCAGCAUCCCCUCCCCGCAGUCCGACGGAGGGGACCCCAACCAGCCCGAUGACCGCUUGGCCAAAAAACUGCAACAGCUAGUGACUGAGAACCCGGGGAAGUCCAUCUCGGUCUUUAUUAACCCUGACGAUGUCACACGGCCCCAUUUCAGGAUCGAUGACAAGUUUUUCUGAGCAUCUUGCUGCCUUUUUUUGUUUGUUUCCUUUUUCCUGGUUCUAAAACUCUCCUGAUGUGUAGUGUGGUUUGUGAUGCUGACUUUCCGUUUUUUACACAUCCAGCCUAGAUUGGAUCUGUUAAGAACACAUUUUAAGUUUCCUGGUUCUGCAGGACGGUGCAGGCUCUGAAACAGUAUAUUACUAUUUCAUAUUCUGCCUCUGAUUUUGUUGUUUACUUUUUGUAGUUAUUGUCGCAUUGUUUUGGGUUGUGGGUUUUUUUUGUUUUUUUUUUUUUAAGGAGAACUCGAGCCAUACAUAGAUGAAAAUGCUCAUGAAUUCUCUUGCUUUUUACCGUUUCAUGCUUUGUGCAAAUUUGUUCAUGAGGAUGGGGCAACAGAUCUCUUUCUGACACUUCAGGAUUCUUCUUUUUUUUUUUUUAAUGAGCUUUCAUCACUACAAAUAUUUGAGAAUUGUCUGAACCUGGGAACUACCUGGUAUGGUAGCUGGAUUUCUUUCUUUUGACCAGUAACCGGAGUAGUUUCCCUCUUUCCACCAAACAAUGUAGACUUUGAAAGUGAUACUGCUACCAGUUGUGUUUUGGAGCAACUUCAUUGAAUGUAAUUGUCCUCAGAUCAGAACUUUGGAUGGUUUGGAGGCUGUGUUUGACAACCUUCCAAACAGAAUUAAGGUUUCCAAAUGGUAGUUUUAGCGUGUGUAAUUAUUUGAAGCCUUAUUUAAAUCCUAUUAAAGAACAUACCAUUAUAAUUGUUAUUUGCACUAAUGAAAUCUUGGCCAUUGUCAGAGUUCCAAUGUGUGUGUUUCAAUAUAAAUUGACAUCCACUGUUGAAAUGCUAUCAUUUUUUUAUUUAGCCCAUUUCUCUCAAUCAAUAGAAUGAUUCUUUGCAUUUGUUUCAUUCUCCUUUAAAUGUGGUGUCCUGUUUUGCCCUCUUUGAUACUCCUGGUUCCUGUCUUACUGAGAGAAGUUUGUGAAGCUUUACACCUGCUAAGUGACCAUCUGAAGGUGGAGAAAAUAAAGAGAUAGAGUAGGUGUCUUUGUAUCUACUGCUUUUGGGGGUUAUAAAGGUGAGCUUUUUUUGUAAAAUCUCUGCUUCUACUGGGAGUUGUGGGGAAAACUGGCAGAAAGAAUUCAUAAUCCCCAAAUAGAAGAUACCAUGCCUGUUCAAAAGGAGGUUUUUCUAUAGAGCAGGAACGAGGACAUAUCUGUGGGUGGUAGCUUUGUGUGGAGGUGUCUUAUCUUCAUGAAUGAAAUCACUUGCCAGGUUUAGGUGUUGCAAGGCAUUGGCUCCUUGUUUUGGUAUGGACUCAUGGCAGACUGUGGUGUUUGAAAGGUCAGGGGCCCUGCUGAUAUCUCAAAGGAUGAUCAUGAUGUCUACUAUUGGGAAGGUCAAGCAACAUUUUGGAUUUGAUCUCGAAUGUCCAGACUCACAGGUUGGAUUUUGGCCAAUUGAAAUCAGGCAUAUGCGGUCUUGGGUUUUUGCAUGGGAAUUAAUGUAAUGCUUAUAACUGAAAAUGAAAUCAUUCAACCAUCUUAAGUCAAACACAAAAUAAUAAAAGAAACAUACUGGCCUUGGAA